CCAGAGAACGUCGGAUUGUCAGUCUUAGGCGAGUUAAAUGAACUUCAUUUGGAAGUUGUCUCAAGGGUUUCCGCAUCAUUUGAUGGUUUUGUCGCCGUCGAAGACACAAAAGCGAUUGAGGAACUAUUUAGGCUAUUUCCUAUCAUGCAAAAACAUGAGUUGGGUCUUGAAAAAUAUGGAAAGUAUCUUGCAAAGAAGAUCGGUGGGAAGGUGGAAUCCCAGUUCUCUCUCAUUUCUUCCACACAGCCGUCGGAUAAGCCGAAUGUACAUGUCGCCUUAGUGACUUAUCUGCUUGAGCUCGUUGCCCAGACUAUCCAAGUUAAUGAAUCUGUGAUUCAUGAUAGCUAUGGGGGAGACAGCCUGUUGAAGUUCGUUCGCUUCAUCCAGAGCCAAUGCGACCAUCAUGCUGAGCUCAUUUUUAUGGAUUUUAAGGAGAAACACGAAGUAGCCAUAGUUUUGCAGAGCGCUCGUCAUGAGCUUUUGAUUAACAACCGCUCUUCCACUUUUGUGUCCUCUGGUGUCGGCCAAAUUUUAUUCAACGCAAGAAUCGAGCUCUAUCUUAACUUCCUUCGGCGACGAUUUUUGGUAAGUAGCAAGGAAAACAUUCUCUGGUCGCAAGUGGAUAUUGUUACGAGGCUUCGGAGUUAUUUUUUUCUGUCACAUUUUCUUCGGGAGGCGAACGCGGAACACGGAUAA